GCGGGGCGCCGGGCUGCGGGCGGAGAUUCCGGGCUUUAGGUGACCGCGCGCGCGCUGCUCCUGGCGGAUCCUCCCGGCUCGCCGCGCCGCCGCUCCGGACUCCGCAUCCCUGCGCCGCCGCUCCGGACUCCGCAUCCCCGCGCCGCCGCUCCGGACUCCGCACCCCGUGCUGCCCGGUCCUCUGCCGGGAGCCAGGUCCCUGCCGGGCACCCGGCUGCGGACGUGGGGAGGCGGGGCGCCCGCAGCGGAUCCCCGCGCGCCGGCGGCAAGUCUGAGCGAUAUUGUUACUGGGAGAGAUGGCGGCUGCAGAAGCUGGAGAAAAGAAACCUGAAAACCAUCACAAUGACUGCCUCAUUCAGCUUUCCAAUCCAAAUUUAGCAACCAUGAAGGAAGAUGUUCUCUACCAUUUCAGCCUCAGCACCAGCACACAUGACUUCCCAGCUAUGUUUGGCGAUGUGAAGUUUGUGUGUGUUGGUGGGAGCCCCUCGCGGAUGAAUACCUUCAUCAGGUAUGUGGCCACACAGCUGGGCCUUGACCAUCCAGGAGAAGAGUUUCCCAACAUUUGUGCGGGGACUGACCGCUACGCCAUGUACAAAGUUGGACCAGUGCUGUCUGUGAGCCAUGGCAUGGGCAUUCCAUCCAUCUCCAUCAUGCUACACGAGCUCAUCAAGCUGCUGUACCAUGCCAGGUGUUCCAAUGUCACCAUCAUACGAAUCGGCACUUCUGGGGGGAUAGGUCUGGAGCCUGGCUCAGUGGUCAUCACCCGGCAGGCCGUGGAUGCCUGCUUCAAGCCAGAGUUUGAGCAGCUUGUCCUGGGGAAACGGGUAGUUCGAAGUACCGACCUGGAUGAGCAGCUGGUACAGGAGCUCAUGAAGUGCUCUGCAGAUCUGAGCGAGUUCACUACUGUGGUGGGAAACACCAUGUGCACCUUGGACUUCUAUGAAGGGCAAGGUCGCCUGGAUGGUGCCCUCUGCUCCUACACGGAAAAGGACAAGCAGGCCUAUCUUCGAGCUGCCCAUGCGGCUGGCAUCCGGAACAUCGAGAUGGAGUCUUCGGUGUUUGCAGCCAUGUGCAGUAUGUGUGGCCUUCGAGCUGCAGUGGUAUGUGUCACCCUCCUGGACCGCCUGCAGGGGGACCAGAUCAGCAGCCCCCACGAAGUACUUGCUGAGUACCAGCAGAGGCCACAGCGGCUGGUGAGCCACUUCAUCAAGCAGAGCCUGGGGAAAGCAUGAGUCCCCGCUCCACUUCCCAGAAACAAGCUGUUACCAUGACUCUCCAUUACAAUUGAUAUCCCAAAUCCCUUUUUUGGGGAUUCGGAGUGUGGGCAGGUGGCCCCUGUCUGCAUUCCUAGCUACUCAGGAGGCUGAGAUCACAUCCUACUCACAGAGCAGGGAUCAAAGGCCCUGCUCACCACUUCAGGUCUGCAGCCUCUCAGCUCUGGUUCCAAAUUGCUGUCUUGGGAUCACAUGAAUAUGUUCAACUUCUAUUUCAUAUCCUAACUUGAUUUUAAAGAGCAUAUGCUAUAAAUAAAACUAGUUACAUGUCA